AAAUUUUGUAAUUUUGUAUGAACGACUCUGAUUCUCAAAUUAAUAAUCCUUUAAGUAAUAGCCAUGUCUCGAAUUCAGAAUAAGAAUAAUUGAUACGUUAAGAAGAAUCAGAUUGUGAAUUCGAAUGUUCAUAAAACCCAAUGCUAACAGAGGAAGAUAACAAUGAAAAGUCUAUAGUAAUAAAUAAGCUUAUCUAAAAUUCAUGUAUAAUUAAUGCUAUUUAAGAAUCUUCUAAUCAAAGAAAUAAGAAAAGUUAGUUAGGAUCCUUUUUAACUUCUUAAUAAUUAGAAUCAUAAUAAUACAAAAUAUCUGUUUAGUAUGUAGAUUCGAAUAUUGGUAAUCCUUUGUGUUCAGGAGAAGAAGAAACAUAAGAAAAUUUGAGGAACAUGAAGGAAAAACUUCAAUAAAUGGAAAUAAAAUUUGAAAAUUAAGCAAAUGAAAUCAAAGAAAUUCAAAGUAAUAAAUUAUUAAAAAUUCAGACAAUUUUAAUAAAACAAAAGAAGAAUUAGAAUAAUUGAAAUAUGAAAAUGAAGAGUAUAAAAAAGAAAACAUUUAAAUAAGAUAAUAGAUGCAGAAAUAACAAAGUGAAAUUUAAAAAAUCUAAAAUUUGUUAUCAUUAAUGCUCUAGGAGAGAUAAUUAAAUCGUUAUGAUCAUCAUAUUUCAAGUUAGAAUAAAAGAUCCAAAACAACAGUUGAAUUAAGCAAAGAUAUGAUUAAUAGUUAAGAAGAUCAACAAAAAAAAAACCAAAAGUAAACUAAUAGUAAUGGAUCUCCAAUAAAAUCAAGUGAUACUUCAUUAUCCUAAUAAUAAACUGCUUUUCUUAUAAAUAGUUCGAAAAGUUAUUAUCAUAAACCAUAUACAACUCAAGUUUAAUUAUUUAAUACAAAUCAAUUAGCUGCUCUUCUCAAAUUACGUAACUAUAUAUUUUUAAUUGAAAGCUCUGAAUCGGAAAGAGGAGGAAAGAAAAGAUUUGUAAUAGAAAUUAAUUGGAAAAGACUUUAAUUAUUUAUUUCAUAAGCCAAUAAAGUCUAGUUGUAAUAUUUAAUUAAGAUUAUAGCUAUAAAUCUGAACCAAGCAAAAGGCUAAGGAAUACCAUCAUCUUAUUCAUUCAUAAACACAUCCCUGAUAAAAUGA